UGUCUGCGGUGGGAAAGCAAGACCUCGCACUCGCGGGGCAGUACCGGGCUGGCGACUUUCUUCUAUGGAAAGUAGCUAAGGUUUGUCCAAAAAGUCGCUAAAUUUGUCCCUAGGUGCUUUUUUAAAGAAGAAGAGAAAAAAAGUCACUAAAGGGGUCAGAAAAGUCUCUAAAUCUAACAAAGACGCUAAGUUGGCAACACUGCUUCCUGUAAGCAUUCAUGACAGAAGUUGCACCAUCAUUUUCACUUUUGUUUGUUUGUUUGAGAGGCACAAACCAUUUGAAAUGGCGUCUGAAGACUCCCCAUCUGGCAUAGAAGGGGGAAUUUCAAAACGAAGACGCAGCAUGAGUCCUCCUCCAAACAUAUCUGAAUUAAGGAUUUGGUUGUUGGGAGAAGACUGGGCUGACAAAAGCUCAGUAGGAAACUUGCUCUUGGGAAGAAAUGCAUUUGACACAGAAGCACCUCGGUUAUUUCAAGAUUGUGUUAAGAUAGCUAGAGGACAGAUUGAGGAACAAAGGAUAUCUGUGGUCAACACACCAUGUCUAUUUGACAGACAGGUUCCUGAAAUUCAAAUUACUCAGGCACUGAAACUUUGUGUGGCCUUGUCCACUCCAGGCCCACAUGUGCUUCUACUAAUUCUGCAACCAGAUACAUUGGCUGAGAAGAACAGAAAUUUGAUGACUAAAACCCUGAACUCUUGGUCAGAUCACGCACAGAAACAUACCAUAGUACUAUUGAUGAAGAGACCAAAAAAAUCCAGUGCCACUUCCAGUAAUGUUAAGGAUAAUAAAAUUUUUCAAAGCUUUCUCAAAGAUAAUUGGAGGUGCCACAAUUUAGAGAGAAUGUACAUAGGUGACCACAGCUUAGUAAAUCAACUAUUUGGACAAAUAAUUAACUUGAAUAAGGACAAUAAGGGAAAUCAUCUCAGCCUGGAAAUUUAUGAAUCACCACCAGAGAUGCCAAAGAAAAAAGUGAAGGAAAAAUUUACAGGAUUUUCAUCUGAUGUUAAACACAAAUUCGAAUCAUUUGUGCAACCAUCAUCUCAAAAAACAAGAAACGAAGAAAUGCCUGUUCCAACUCUCAAUCUGGUGCUGUUUGGAAAUAGCACUGUUGGGAAGACUUUAGCAGCAAAUAUAAUACUGGGCCAGACAGAGUCAGCAGACGUGUCUGGUCAUGAAACCAUCCAUAAAUGUGUGACGAGAGAGGGUGUGGUAUGUGGAUAUCGAGUCACCCUAGUUCAAAUGCCAGAACAUUCCAAUUUGUGUCUCCCUCAAAAGGAUCUGAUGCAUGAGACAUGUCGUGCUCUGUCCCUUUGUUCAUUUAGCAUUCAUGCAUUUAUUCUGGUCCUUCCUGUUGAUCCUCUCACUGAUGAUGAUCAAGGAGAACUUGCAAUAAUGAGUGACAUGUUUGACACGACUGAACACAAAUUUUGGGAUUGCUUGAUGAUCAUGUUCACAUGGGAUGGGAACAGGGAGGACAAAGUUGUCACUGAUUUCAUAUGUGGAAACAAAGACAUUCAGAAAUUAUUUAAGAAAUGUGAUAACAAAUACCACAUACUUAGUAUUAACCGAAAAGCUGAUAGUAAGCAGGUCUCAGAACUGCUGCAGAAGAUUGCUGAGAUCAACAGUCACACUUGUUACUCAUAUGCCACAUAUGCAGAAGCACAGGUGGAGAAAAUAAUUAAUCUGGAGGCUAGAAUUAAAGACAUGGAGAAAGAAAUGAGAGAACUAAAAGUGAUCAAACAAACAGCUGAGAAUGAGAAGGAGAGAACAAGCACAAGCUGUUUGAGAAUUGUACUUGUUGGAAAAACUGGAAAUGGGAAGAGUGCCACAGGAAACACCAUACUCAACAAAAAGGCAUUUAAAUCUCAGUCCAGUUUUAAAUCAGUAACAUCUUCAUGCCAAAAAGAAGAGGGAAAUGUUAAUGGGAUUCCAGUUGCUGUCGUUGAUACUCCAGGCCUGUUUGACACACAUACCCCUAUAGAUGAAGUGAAGAAAGAGAUACUGAAGUGCAUCAGUCUCCUCUCUCCAGGACCUCACGUGUUUCUGCUGGUACUUAAAUUUGGUAGAUUCACAGAUGAAGAAAAGGAAACUCUGAACCUAAUCAAAGAGACGUUUGGAAAAAAUGCUGGGCUGUUUAGCAUCAUAAUAUUCACUCAUGGUGAUGCACUGCAAGGUGAACCAAUAGAGAGUUUCUUGGAAGAAGCUGAUUCACAAAUGAACAAGCUAAUUCGAGAUUGUGGGGAAAGAUAUCAUGUUUUUGAUAAUACAAAACAAGAUGAUUCUAACCAGGUGAGUGAUUUAGUAUACUCAAUCAACAAAAUGAUUAAGAAAAAUGGAGGAGGGUGUUACACCAAUGAGAUGUUCAAAGAAGCAGAAGCUGCCAUACAACAGGAAAUGGAAAGAAUUUUACAAACCAAGAAAGAGGAAAUGGAAAGAGAAAACAAACGUCUAUGUGAAAAACAUAAGAAGGAGUUGGCAGAGAUGAAGAGGAGAAUGGAGGAACAGAGAGAGCUAAUGGAGAGAGAGAGGAAAGUAAGAGAGGGUGAACUCAUGAUAAAGGAAGAGUUCUUGCAAAAUGAACUUAGGAGAAGAGAUGAACAAGAUAAAAAAGAGAAGAAAGACAGACAAGAAGCGGAAGAGCAGCGAAGAAUUGAAGAAGAGAAGAAACGGGAACAAUGGAAAAGGGACUGGCAAGAAAUAGAGAAGAAACGAAAAAGAUUAGAGAAAGAGCAACAAAAGAGAGACCAGGAAUUCAGAGAAAAGUAUGAGAGAGAGAGGAGAGAAAUGGAGGAAAUUCAUAAAAAGAGACUGAAGAGAGAACAAGAGGAAGAGUAUCAGAAAAGGCUUAAAGAGGAGCGGAGUGAAUGGGAACUGAAACAGAAGAAAAUGAUUGAGGAAUUUGAGCAGGAGAAAAGACAAAGAGAAGAAGAAGAGAAUCAGAGAAUUGAGCAUGAACGAAAAGAAAGGGAGAAAAUUGAAAGAGAGUAUGAGAACAGUAAAGUAGAGAUGAGAAAACAAAGAGAAGAGUGGGAAAAGUCAUGGAAGGAGGAGUGGCAUAAAAGAGUAAGAGAGGAGAAGAAGAGGAGGGAAGAGGAUAGAGAGAAACUGAAAAAGCUUGAAGAGGCAUUUGAAAGGGAGCGGAAAGAGGAGGAGGCCAAAAGGAAGAAAGAAGACCGUGCCAGACGAGAACAGGAGGAGAGAGAACGUAAAGAGAUGGAGGAUGAGUAUGAAAGGAAAUUAAAAGAAAUGAAGAAGAAGUAUGAAGAUGAGGCUCGAAAACAUGCAGAGGAAUUUAAUGAAUUCAGAGAGAAAUACACCAAAGACUAUCAUGCUCUCAUGUUAAAGCACGAUUUAGAGAUGGAGAAGAUGAAGCUUGAGCAUGAUAAAGAGUACCAUGUAUUGAGUGAACUUUCCAAGCAAAAAGAGAAAAAUUUGAAUGAAAAAAUAAGAGAAAUGGAAGACAAACAUAAAAUAGAGUUUGAAGUUCUGAAAAAGAAGUAUGAGGAUAAAUGUGAUUUACUGUAGGAUAUUGAACGUGUCUUUCCUUGAUAAUAUACAAUGCAUUGCAAUUCUUUCUAUUAUUAUUAUAGUGAAGACAUUAAGGGAGCAAUAAUAAUGAUUUCUAUAAGAAAACAUUUAAGGGAUUUAAAAGUUCAGACACCCCAGCUGUGGGAGACAUUUUUGCUGUUAUAAGGGAUAUUUUAAUUCCCUCAUUUUAAUAAAUACAGUUGACAAUUAGUUAACCACACCCCAGAUCAGUUCCACCCAGAGCAUGAAUAAUUUCUCAUAUAUUAAAAAAUAUAGCAUUCUUUUGUUCUCAAAAUGCUCAUUUAAUCUCGCAGCCAUACUAUACUACUAGAUCCUGAAACAGUCUUAUGUUUAUAACAUCGUUAUAAUUCUAGAAAGGAUGUGUCAAAGGCUUUACUGACACAUUUAUUAUGAAAAAUAAAUCCUGUCUAUUAUCACUUUUACUACUUUUAUUUCAAUUUCUUAAUUUUUUAUUUAACAUUUUAUGAUCUCUGUUGUCUGCACUUCAGAAAGUUGCCAGUGUUUUAUUUUAAUCCACUAAAGACCAUGGCCACUCAUAGGAUCUAAAAUCAACUGCUAUCCAAGUACAUAAGGGAUCCAAGUACAUUUUUUUCACUAUAUAUUUUCAAAGAAUAAAGUCUGGUAAAAGCAUCUUCUUGUUCAGUGAUUUUCUGAACUCACACAGGUCAUAAACACACAAAAGUAUGAGAGGAUACGGUACUUUCCUCCUUUAUAAAAGUAACUCUCUCACGAUUUUCUGAUUAUUUGCACUAAAUUGGGUGCAUCUAAUUCUAACCUUCUGAUC